AUGACAUCACCAGACUCGCCCCCUCUAGUCUCCCCGUCUCCCUGCCCUGCCCCCCCUCCAUCCCUCCCAUCGUCCCCCACACCCUCCUCCCCGGCCCCCUCCUCCUCCUCCCUGCCCCCUCCACCGUCGCUGCCUCCCACGGGGGAGGUGAUGGUGCUGGCUCUGGGGAGGAAGAAGCAGAAGGUGCUUAUUGCUCUCUCCAUCCUGCCCAACCUCUUCCUGGCCUUCCUGCUGUCCUCCGACCCCCUCAUUACCCUCUCCCCACAUGACUACCACUGCCGCCAGCCGGGGCCCACGCCGUCCCCCCAGGCGCUGAAUGCGUCACUGCGCUGGGAGAAGGGUGAGAGAUUGGGGGAUAGUGGCGGGCCAUCUCAGUGUAAACAGUACAUCAACGGGAGCCAGUCGGCUGUGGUGGACUGUGAGGCUGGCUGGGACUACAACAUCACAGAAGGGCUGACGAAUAACAUCGUCACUGAGUGGGACCUGGUUUGUGGUCAGUACUGGCUGGUCCCUGUGGAGGAGGCCUGUUUUAUUCUUGGUGUGUUGACUGGCUGUCUGGGCCUAGGCUACGCCGCUGACCGGCUAGGUAGGUCAAAGACAUUGCUGACCUCCCUGACUCUCUCGGUGGUGUUCGGCGUGCUGGUGUGCGUCUCUCCGUAUCCCUCCAUCUUUAUUGUUAUGCGCUUCUGCCUGGCGGCUGCCAGUGCAGGAGUCUACCUCACUCUGUACAUCACCCGCCUGGAGCUCUGCGAUCCCUCUCUGCGGCUGGUGGUGACCAUGCUGGCUGGUCUGAUGACUGUAGCUGGGGAGCUGCUCCUGCUGGCAGUGGCUCUGGGCUGCCAGUCCUGGAGGGGGCUGCUGGGAGCCGGCGCCGCCCCACUUACACUCUUCCUCAGCUAUGGUAUUCCCGGGAUAUUUCCAGAGUCUCCUCGUUGGCUCCUUCUGUCUGAGAGAUCUGGAGACUUGAACUCCUUCAGCGAGAGGAGAAACUCUACCAGAGAUGUGAGGGAUGAUGAGAGCUUCACAGAGCUGGAUUCUGAGCCUGCAGCCUCUGCUCGACCUCGCCUGUCCUUCCCUGAGCUUUUCCACAGCAGGAACAUCUGGAAGAACAUGUGUGUGCUUGGCUUUACCUCGUUCAUCUCUCACGGCAUCAGUCACUGUUACAGCUCAUUCCGCGGCGGCACUGCCCCCAGCUUCUAUUGGACGUACCUGCUGUCCGUCUGUGCAGGGGGCGGGGCUUGGCUGUUGCUGUGGGCAACGGUGGACAGGUGCGGACGCCGUGGGAUCCUGCUUCUUGCCAUGACGAUGACAGGGCUGGCCUCUUUGAUACUUCUGGGCCUCAUGCAGUUUCUGAGCGAGGCAGCCGUCACAGUGUUCUCCGUGUUGGGUCUCUUCUCCUCCCAAGCAACUGCCUCCCUCUGCAUCCUCUUCACAGCUGAGAUCAUGCCCACCAUUAUAAGGGGCAGUGGUGUGGGGGCAGUGCUUGCCUUGGGCUGUGUGGGUCGUCUCAGCUCACCGCUCAUGGACCUGAGAAACCACUACGGUUACUUCUUGCACCACGUGGUCUAUUCCUCGCUCGCUCUGCUGGCCGUGCUGUCUAUCCUGCUGCUGCCUGAGAGCAAGAGGAAGCCACUGCCCCAGACGCUGGCGGACGGGGAGCAGUACCGACGCCCCCCGCUGGGCCGGAGGAGGCGGGACAACGUGCCCUUGCUGGCCACACCCAACCCAGAGACCUAAGAUGCCCUGCUAUGCUGAGCUGUGCUGCUUUCACAUCACCCCGUCGCUCACCUCACCCAUGGACCUGUCAUUCAGCCAGAGCCUGAACAUCUAGUCCCAUGUCCUUGUAAGCAGGAAAACGACAGCUGCUUUAAGAGAUUAAUAAAAGACCCCAUUAUAAAAAGGGAGAAUACUAGCGAGAGAGAAAUACAAAAAGGAGUGAUAGUCUCCUGCUCCAUAGCUGGUUGAGUACAGACUAUUAAGACAGGUUGUCUUAAACUUGUCAACACACUCUUCGCUUCCUCGCAGUUGAGUGGGGAUCUGCAUUUGACAUCCUUCUCCUUUUUUUUUUCCAUUCUGCGUGUUUGUAUGUACGAGUGCACAUGUUUUCACACACACGGUGGUCUCACCGCGUC